AUGGACAUCACUGAGGAUUUCCAAAAGGAAAUCACUUGCUCAAUCUGUUUGGGCUACAUUAAGGAUCUGGUCGUCAUAGGCUGUGGACACACAUUCAGUCGUCCUUGCAUUGACUUUACCUGUAAAAAAGGCAUAAUUUGCCCUGUGUACAGGGAAGUCUUAAAGGUGACAGACAUCACACCCAGUGUUCUUGUGGAGGAGCUAGUGUCCCUGGCCAGACAAUCCAGUCUUGGGAAAUUCCUGAGUGCUGAGGAACACCUGUGUGAGACACAUAAGAAACCAAAGAAGAUCUCUUGUGAAAAGAGAAAGUCACUGUUGUGUUUGCUCUGCUCUAAAACUCAGAAGCAUGAAGCUGACAGACAUUUCUCCAUUCAAAGCACAGUGAAAGAAUACAGGGAGAAGCUCACCCGAGAAAUGACAUCAUUAAGGAGAAAGAUUAAAGAAAAUGAGAGGGAUCUCAGUGAGGAAAGCAAGAAGAAGGAGAGAUGGAUGUAUUACAUUCAUGUCUACGCAAUGAUGAUCCAUAGAGAGUAUAAGAAGUUGCAUCCAGUUCUCCAAGAAAAUGGAACACAGCAGUUGAUACUGCUGAGUCACCAUCGUAGUAUUAUUGAAAAACAAUUCCAGAAAACAGAACGUGCACUGUUAAAAAAACACAAAGAACUACAUAAAAUGUAUGAGGAGCUGCUGAAUAUGUGUGAUAAACCAGAUGUAGAGCUGUUGCAGGAACUGGGAGGUCUGUUGUUCAGGAGCAAGUCCGUGCAGCUGCGCAUGCCUGAGCCGGUAAACCCAGCAUACCGUGCAAUAGCCAUCCCUGGCCUGAUGUCCAGGGUUGGUGUAUAUGUUGAUUUUGACUGUAGCAGUGUGAGUUUUGUUAAUGUGGCCAAAAGUUCCCUUAUAUGGAGAUAUCCAGAUAACUCUUUUAAUUGGCUGGAGGCAGCUGCCGGCAGGGAGCUGACUCCAACUCGAAUUCACUGGCGGCUCACGCCUGGAGGACAGGCCAGGCAUCCGGGAGGAGAACAGCCCCAAUCCUCUGAGAACCGAGUGCCCCCUCCGCCACCCACUCCACCACCGCUGGGAAUGGCCUCCAGGGGCCUCCAGCCUGUGCUAGAUGAGGAAGUGAUCGACCUGUAUGGGGACACUCAGCACAUCCCCCUGUAUCACAUGAGUGGCUUCUAUGGCAAGGGUCCCUAG